GUAGCGAGAGAGAGAGGGAGAGAGAGCGAGAGAGAGAGAGAGAGAGAGAGAGAGUGCUUAAACAGACGUGGACGUCUGCCUGCUGCUCAUUCCCUCAGUGCUGUAGCAGAGAUGAAGCAUCAGUGCUGAGCUCACCACAAUACAGAUCUGUAGAGAAAAGAAGAAAGGAAAGAAAAGUACGCAAAAGAAAAAGAAGCAAUGAGUGAAUGCAGGUGUGUGAGAGAGCAAUAGUGUGUUAGAGGUGGACUUCAGAAGAGAUGACAGAAGUGUGGAUUUAUGCUUGAAGAUGACAUUGUGUCGUGUCCGGUCUUGACAUCACUCCCUCCUUUCCUCCACCUCUCCCCCCUCCCCCUCAGCAGGCGGGCUUUUUGUGGCUGACCAUGCGAGGAUCCUCUCAGUGCUGUGGGAUCUCCUCAUCUUCUCCGGGUAGUCCUGCUCGCUGACCCCAGCUUUGACUUUUGCCUUUGACUCGUGGAGCAAAACAAGGAGCGAAGCAACUUUUGGACUGUGUAGACGGCUCCUUUUUCCUCACGCUCAAUAAUUGAUGCGGUUUCUCUGUUGCCGGCGUGACAGCAUCCACUGGAAGAGACCGGUGAGGUAGUUUGGAAUCGUGACCUCCACAUGAUCUCCCAGCGAGUCCUCUUUUGAGUUUCAGACUGCAUUGAUCUUUCUCAUCCUCGAGUGCCAGCAUGCAGGUCUCCAUCGCGUGCACAGACCACAAUCUGAAAGGUCGCAAUGGGGACCACGGAAAACAGAACGCCACCAGUCCCAACGUGGUGAACGCGGCACGCGCAAAGUUCCGCACCGUUGCCAUCAUCGCCCGGAGCUUUGGCUCUUUUACCCCCCGUAACCACAUCUCCCUCAAAGAGUCCACUGGCAAGCUGACUGGCAUGAAGUACCGGAACCUUGGGAAAUCUGGAUUGAGAGUAUCAUGCCUCGGUCUGGGGACUUGGGUAACGUUUGGAGGCCAGAUUUCAGAUGAGGUGGCAGAACGGUUGAUGACUAUAGCUUAUGACAGCGGGGUGAACCUUUUUGACACGGCAGAGGUGUAUGCUGCAGGAAAAGCUGAAGUCAUACUGGGAAACAUCAUCAGAAAGAAGGGCUGGAGGCGAUCCAGUCUGGUUAUAACCACCAAGCUCUACUGGGGUGGAAAAGCUGAGACAGAAAGAGGUCUCUCCAGGAAACACAUUAUCGAAGGUCUGAAGGGCUCCUUACAGAGAAUGCAGCUGGAAUAUGUCGAUGUGGUCUUUGCCAACCGGCCCGAUAGCAACACACCAAUGGAGGAGAUUGUUAGAGCCAUGACCUACGUGAUAAACCAAGGCAUGUCCAUGUAUUGGGGUACCUCACGAUGGACGGCUAUGGAAAUAAUGGAGGCGUACUCCGUGGCAAGGCAGUUUAACUUGAUUCCUCCAGUAUGUGAACAGGCAGAGUACCAUCUCUUCCAGAGAGAGAAGGUGGAAGUGCAGCUGCCUGAGCUCUACCAUAAGAUAGGUGUGGGGGCUAUGACAUGGUCCCCUUUGGCCUGUGGGAUCAUCACCGGGAAGUAUGAAAAUGGUAUCCCAGAAUCCUCCAGAGCAGCUAUGAAGUCAUACCAAUGGCUGAAAGAUAAGAUUGUCAGUGAGGAUGGACGCAAACAGCAGGCCAAACUGAAAGAACUGGGCCAUAUUGCUGAGAAGCUGGGCUGCACGUUGCCUCAGCUUGCCGUAGCGUGGUGUCUGCGGAACGAAGGCGUAAGCUCUGUUCUUUUAGGAACCUCUAAUGCAGAACAGUUAACUGAAAACCUGGGAGCCAUACAGGUACUUCCAAAGAUGACAUCCCACAUAGUGUCAGACAUCGAUCAUAUACUUGGGAACCGGCCGUACAGCAAGAAGGACUAUCGGUCCUAGGGCCUCUGGUCACGUUCAGGGUGAAGAGAGAUCUGCGUGUAGCAGUUUUUAUGCCAUAAGUGGUUCCUGCUCCGAGUCUUUUUUCAUCAUCGGGUCUGGCCUCUCUGAAGCCUUAGAGUUAUACGCUCCAUAACGUGUACCUGCAUUCCCCCUUUUGCACAUCAACACUACCGCAAGAAUCUCCACAACUGCCGUCAAGGUGUCAACAAGGGAAAGCUUCGUUCACAGACGGCACAGUUACGGAGCCCUCUGAUGUGAUCUUCAUGCGUUCUGACCCAUGCUUGGCCUCUGCUCUCGAAUCCAUAAGCGAUUGGUGUGUGGAGAUCUGUCGCCCUCUUGUGUUCAAAUGCAGCAACUGCAAACCUGUUUUAACGAGCAAGGACUGGGUGGAGCUGUUUUUGAGAUCUUAUGAGGGACAUUUUUAUGAGAAUGAGAUUUUAGUGACAUCAUUGAUAAAUAUAUACGUUCAGAAAAUGUAUGAUAAACAGACCUCAGUCAGUAUAAAUAGGCCUAUAGAGUAAUAGAAUUAACAUGCAUAUAGUAUAUUAUGCCAGCAGCCUGGUGCAUUCGUGGUAUGUUUGUUUAUCAAUUAUUUUCUCAGUUUCCUUUUAGGUUCUUUUUAGUAGUUCGGAGGAAACUAGGCUCCCAAUAUGCAUGGCAGCAUUACAAUAUAACUGGAGUAAAUUUAAUUCAGUCUAUGGGUGCCUCAUGUUUGUUUUUAUUAUAACUCUUGCUUGAGCCGUAAUAUGUCCUUCAGCCUCAGAGCUUAUAGAUACAUUUGAAAUUUUGGCAUGAGGAAACAAGCAGAAGUAUCUUUUAAAUAUGUUGAUGGCUUUAUACACAAGAUUCCUUGCAAAUCAGGAAACAUGAGAUAUUACAUGUAAUGAAAUGCAGGAGGCUUUUGAAUAAUGACAUCCUUGUGUCCAUAGUGCUACCUUUAGUCUCCAUGCGGAGUGCCUUGAUUCUAACCUGCAUGAACUUUAGGGCUGGCCCGUUCUCCCAUGGGUCCAUGAGUGUAAUACUGUGAGCUUUUCUCCAUUUUAAAUGAUCUCUUUUGCAAAAAUGUAGGAAAUCGCACCAUGUGGUGACUAUUGUUUUCUAAGUUUGUAAAAGAUGACGUGUUGGAUUAACAGGCUGUUAUGAAUCAGGAUAUUUUAUCAUAUCGUGCAUCUCUCUCCUUGUAUGGCCGCAGUGACUUCUGUAAAUAUAAAUAUGUAAAACCGUAUAUAGAGGUAGAUUAUAUGCUUAAAAUAAACAGCAUAAGGUCAGC